AUGUCUAUUCAAGACCGUACAAGAGAAUUUCAUGCAUGUGCAUUAACUCUAAAGAAGUCAAAAGAAUCAAGAAAGUUUUAUUCCCAAUAUAAGGAAAAUGUACCAAGCAUAAAUGAAUCAAAAAAACAUAUCAAAAACGAUUUUGGAAAUAUAGCAAAUAAAAUAGCUAAAGAUAUUAACAAAACAGGAGAAAAACUACAAAGACUUACACAACUAGCUAAAAGAAAAACAUUAUUUGAUGAUAAGCCUACAGAGACCUCAGAACUGAUUUAUAUUAUAAGACAAGAUAUUGAAGACUUGAACUCAGGAAUUUCAAAGCUUCGAGAAUAUCUUAAACAAAAACCAAAAAAUGACAAAAAUAAAAACAAAGGAGAGCAUGAACAUUUUGAAAAUGUAAUAGUACUUUUGCAAAAUAAGCUAGCAAAUACAAGCAUGACAUUCAAAAAUGCCCUAGAAAUACGGACAAAGAAUAUAAAAGCAAAUAAAAAAAGAAGUGAACAAUUUAUGGCAACUACAAUACAUUUAAAAGAUCCAGGAAAGGAAUCCAAGUCUCCUCUUUAUAUAGAACAUGAACAUAAAAAUAAUGGUACACAACUUAUGAAAUUUAAUUCAGAUUGCCUUGUUUUAAAUAUGGAUAAUGAAAAAUCUAACACUAAAAUACUUCCUUAUGAUUCAUUUCAACAGAUGCAAUUGUUAGAAGAACAAAACUCCUAUACAAGUUCCCGUUCAUCAGCAAUCCAAAGUAUAGAAUCUACAAUUCAUGAAUUAGGAUCCAUUUUUUCUCAACUUGCUCAAAUGGUAGCAGAGCAGCGAGAAACUGUUCAAAGAAUUAGUACUAAUACAGAUGAUGUUGUUACCAAUAUUAGCUCAGCGCAGCAAGAACUUUUAAAAUAUUAUCAAAGAAUUAGUAGUAAUAGAUGGCUUAUGUUCAAGGCUAGUUUUAUUUCAUACAUUCUCUUGAGCUUACAUAGAUAUAGAUAUUUGGAAUAUUAA